UCGUAGCGUGUGGUGGUCGGUACGGGAAUUUGAAUUGACUUGAAUUACUUGGCUACAUUUUGGCGGCGUGCGUGUUUUUUGAAACCAACGGAAAGAAAUAUUCGAAAAAAAUGUCUCAAACAUUUACCAUGAAACAUGUGAAAUUUCAAAAACAUUGAAAACACUUGCAAACACUUCUACUAAAAGUGAGAGUGAGAGGAGAAAUACAUAGAGUAGGGGCUAGAGGGAAAAAAUCGAAUACGCGAAAAGUUUAGAAAUUAAAGGUAUUAUGCCCGGAACGGUCAAAUCGGCGGCCAUUGACUAUGAUUCGCAAGAUGAGGCCAGCACGGAGCUGCUGGAGAAGCUCAAGCAUUUGGAUCGACGUGUCGAGGUGGUGGAGAAUGCCAAUGGCAUCUGUGGACGCAGCUCGGCCUGUUGGCAAUCCCUUAAAUGGAAAUCGGCCCUAAAUCAUAUUGGAUUGCUUGUAUCAUUGUCCAUCUAUUGCGGCGUGGGAGGAUUGAUUUUUCGUCACUUGGAACGUCCGGCAGAGGUUGAGCGUCUUAGCCAUUUAAAGGAUGUGGUCAAGACGCAUAGGGAACGUUUCAUGAGCAUCAUUUUGAAUAAUACCGAAGUGAAUAAUCUCAACGAACUGUUGUCCUUUGAGCUGGCCAAAUAUGAAGCGGCUGUUCAACAGGCGGCGGAGGGUGGCCUCCUUAUAGUGGCCGAUAAAGACUUUCCAGAGCCCUAUGAGCGCUGGAGCAUCCUGCAAGCUGUGUUCUUCUCAUCAACUGUGUUAACCACCAUAGGCUAUGGCAAUAUUGUUCCUGUCACAAUCGGUGGUCGAGUAUUUUGCAUUUGCUUUGCCCUCGUUGGCAUACCCUUCACAUUGACGGUUAUAGCCGAUUGGGGUCGUCUCUUUGCCACCGCUGUGUCUGUAUUUGGUAGGCAUAUGCCUACCAAACCCAAGUUUACAAAUUUCAUGGGUAAAACCUGGUUCUAUGCCAUUUUGGCUGUUGGCUUUCUUGGCGUCUAUUUGGCAGCUGGAGCUGGUUUACUUUUGCUAUGGGAAGAUGAUUGGACAUUCUUUGAUGGUUUCUAUUUUUGUUUCAUAACAAUGACAACCAUUGGCUUUGGUGAUCUAGUGCCAAAGAAACCAAAUUAUAUGCUGCUAUGUACCUUAUACAUUUUGAUUGGUCUGGCCCUGACAUCGACCAUUAUAGAAUUGGUGCGUCGCCAAUAUGCCACAAGUUGGGCAAAAUUGCAGGAACUAUCCGGCCCCAUGGCAGAGACCUUGCGACGCCUGGGCGAAACAGCUGGCACCGGCUUGGACUAUACAGCACUUCAGAAAGUCUUGACAGUAUCAAUGCCCAAAUGGAAUAGCAAUAAAAAGAGUGAUCAUAGUCCAGAUAUUGCGGCCUUGGAGGCCAUCACCAAUGCCAUUCUCAAGGAGGUGAAGGAGGCACAAAAUAAUAAACCAAAAGUUCUUCAAAUUGUCAUCUAUGAGUCAUCGGUUUAAAGUAUAUAUACAUACAUAUAUCGAAAUAAUAUCACUCACUUAGGCUUCCAUAAUUGUUCUUCUUCAUUUGCUGACUUCCAUAAUGUUUAAUAUAUGUACUUAAAUCUAAGAAUCUACCAUAUAUACACAUAGAGAUAUAUGUAUAUGUAUAUAUAAAUAGUCAAAUGUCUAGGCAAUAGCAUAUUGCUCAUACGUACUGAGGUCAUUAUAAUAUCGAGAAAGGUGAUUUUUUUGUUUAAGUAAGUAAUUAUAUUAACCAAAAAUAUAAUCUAAGUUUCACUCAACUUUUGUCCAUACCAAGCAUAAAAAUAUCA